AUGCCUGAAAUAAUUAAAUUGAUUGUCUUUUUAUCAGCUUCACUAAACACAGCUGUAACACUCUUAGGUGCAAAUGGUAAUUCAAUUGAACGGAAUGUCGCAAAUGAAAGUCGUGAUAUUUUAAUUGAUAUAUCCAAUAUUAAACUUCAUUUACUUGAAAGCCAAUGGGCUUCAACAUUCAAAAUGACAAAUAUAUUAACUAACAAUAUUACUUCUGCUACCACCGGAAAAAAGCCUCUGAACAUAUCACUACUCGAACUAGUGCAACUAUUUAUUUUUAUUCUUUGA